AUGGGUGUCGGCCGGAGGAAGCUGGCCCUGCUCUGGGCCCUGGGCCUCACUCUGGCCUGUGCCCAGCACACAGGCCAGGCCCAGGACAGCACUGCAGAGCUCGGCUAUGCGUACCCGGACCUCCCUCCUGCCCCCCAGGGGCCUGGCGGCAACUCCCUCCGCGGGGUGACCAUCCACCCGCCCCUGAGGAGCACCCCCCUGGUGCGAGCCCUGAACGCGGCGCACCGCGGGCGGGUGUGCAGCACAUGGGGUGACUUCCACUACAAGACCUUCGACGGCGACGUCUUCCGCUUCCCCGGGCUGUGCAACUACGUCUUCUCCGCGCACUGCGGUGCCGCCUACGAGGACUUCAACCUCCAGCUCCGCCGCGGCCCCGGCCCCAACGCCACCGCGCCCAGCAGGGUCACCAUGAAGCUUGACGGCAUGGUCGUCGAGCUGACCAAGGGCUCCGUCCUGGUCAACAGCCUCCCAAUUCAGCUGCCCUUCAGCCGCUCCGGAGUCCUCAUUGAGCAACGCAGCAGCGGCGUGAAGGUGGCGGCCAGGCUGGGCCUGGUCUUCAUGUGGAACCAGGAUGACAGCCUCCUGCUGGAGCUGGACCCCAAGUACGCCAACCAGACCUGCGGGCUCUGCGGAGACUUCAAUGGCGUCCCCGUCUUCAACGAGUUCUUCUCCCACAACAUCAAGCUGACCGCCACCGAGUUUGGGAAUCUGCAGAAGAUGGACGGCCCCACGGAGCAGUGUCAGGACCCUGCCCCUGAGCCCCCCGUGAACUGCUUGACCGGUUUUGGCAUCUGCGAGGAGAUGCUGAGCAGCGAGCCGUUCUUGGACUGCGCCGCCCUCGUGGACGCCAGCAGCUACGUGGAGGCCUGCCGGCAAGAUCUCUGCCACUGUGGCCAGGCCAACCUCACCAGCUGCCUCUGUCACACCCUUGCUGAGUACUCCCGCCAGUGCACCCAUGCCGGGGGGCUGCCCCUGGACUGGCGGGGCCCCCAGCUCUGCCCCCAGACGUGCCCCCUCAACAUGCAGUAUCGCGAGUGCGGGUCACCCUGCGUGGACACCUGCUCCAACCUGGAGCACUCCCAGCUCUGCGAGGACCACUGCGUCGCCGGCUGCUUCUGCCCUGAGGGGACGGUGCUGGAUGACGUCGGCCACACUGGCUGCAUCCCGGUGCCCCAGUGCUCCUGUGUGUACAACGGGGCCACCUACACUCCAGGGACCGGCUACUCCACAGACUGCACCAACUGCACCUGCGCUGGGGGCCGGUGGAGAUGCCAGGAGGUGCAGUGCCCGGGCACCUGCUCGGUGCUGGGCGGUGCCCACUUCUCCACGUUCGACGAGAGGCAGUACACGGUACACGGGGACUGCAGCUACGUGCUGGCCAAGCCCUGUGACAGCAGCGCCUUCACCGUGCUGGCCGAGCUGCGCAGGUGUGGACUGACCGACAGCGAGACCUGCCUGAAGAGCCUGACGCUGACCCUGGGCGGGGGGCACAUGGUCUUCGUGGUAAAGGCCAGCGGGGCGGUGUUUAUGAACCAGAUCUACACCCAGCUGCCCCUCUCGGCAGCCAACGUCACGCUCUUCAGACCCUCCACCUUCUUCAUCAUCGCCCAGACCCAGCUGGGCCUGCAGCUGGACAUCCAGCUGGUGCCCGUCAUGCAGGUGUUCGUGAGGCUGGCGCCCCAGCUCCAGGGGCAGACCUGCGGCCUGUGCGGGAACUUCAACCAGAACCAGGCCGACGACUUCCGGACCAUCAGCGGCGUGGUGGAGGGCACGGCCGCCGCCUUCGCCAACACCUGGAAGACCCAGGCCGCCUGCCCCAACGUCAAGAACAGCUUGGAGGACCCCUGCUCCCUCAGCGUGGAGAACGAGAAAUACGCUCAGCACUGGUGCUCGCGGCUGACAGACCCCCGCGGCCCCUUCACCCGGUGUCACGCUGCUGUGAGCCCCAGUGCCUACUACUCGAACUGCAUGUUUGACACGUGCAACUGUGAGAAGAGUGAGGACUGCAUGUGCGCGGCCCUGUCCUCCUACGUGCGGGCCUGCGCCGCCCGGGGCGUGCUGCUUGGCGGCUGGCGGGACGGCAUGUGCACAAAGGCCAUGACCACCUGCCCCCAGUCGCUGACCUACCUCUACAACAUCAGCACCUGCCAGCCCACCUGCCGGGCCCGGAGUGACGCGGACGUCACCUGCAGCAUCAGCUUCGUCCCCGUGGACGGCUGCACCUGCCCUGACGGCACCUUCCUGGAUGAUACGGACCAGUGUGUGCCGGCCACCAGCUGCCCCUGCUACCAUGGGGGCUCCGUGGUCCCCAAUGGGGAGUCGACGCACGAGCAGGGGGUCGUCUGCACCUGCACCCAGGGCACACUGACCUGCAUUGGAGGCCAUGCCCCAGCUCCAGUCUGUACCCCACCCAUGGUCUACUUCGACUGCCACAAUACCACGCCUGGGGCCACUGGGGCUGGCUGUCAGAAGAGCUGCCACACCCUGGACAUGGACUGUUACAGCUCCCAGUGUGUGCCCGGCUGUGUGUGUCCCCACGGGCUGGUGGCCACUGGCGACGGCGGCUGCAUCCCCGUGUCCGACUGCCCUUGUGUGCACAACGAAGCCAGCUACAAGCCGGGCCAGGUCAUCCGGGUGGGCUGCAGAACGUGCACCUGUAAGAGCAGGAUGUGGCAGUGCACAGACCAGCCCUGCCCGGCCACCUGCGCGGUGUACGGCGACGGCCACUACCGCACCUUCGAUGGGCAGCGCUACAGCUUCAGUGGGGGCUGCGAGUACACGCUGCUUCAGGACCACUGUGGGGGGGACGGCAGCGCCCAGGACGGCUUCCAUGUCAUCACCGAGAACGUCCCCUGUGGCACCACGGGGGCCACCUGCUCCAAGGCCAUCAAGAUCUUCCUGGGGAGCUACGAGCUGAAGCUGAGUGACGGGAACAUGGAGGUGAUCGAGAAGGAACAGGGGCAGCUGCCGCCCUUCUCCAUUCGCCAGAUGGGCAACUACCUGGUGGUAGACACGGAUGUCAGCCUGGUGUUGCUGUGGGACAAGGGGACCAGCAUCUUCCUCACACUCAGCCCCGAGUUCAAGGGGAGGGUCUGCGGGCUGUGCGGGAACUUUGACGACAACGCCCUCAACGACUUCACCACGCGGAGCCAGUCCGUGGUGGGCGACGUGCUGGAGUUCGGCAACAGCUGGAAAUUCUCCCCGUCCUGCCCGGACGCCCAGGCCCCCAAGGACCCCUGCACCGCCAACCCGUACCGCAAGUCCUGGGCCCAGAAGCAGUGCAGCAUCAUCAACAGCGCCACCUUCAGCGCCUGCCACGCCCACGUGGAAUCGGCCAGGUACUACGAGGCCUGCGUGAGCGACGCGUGCGCCUGCGACUCGGGGGGCGACUGCGAGUGUCUCUGCACGGCUGUGGCCGCGUACGCCCAGGCCUGCCGCGACGCGGGCGUGUGCGUGUCCUGGCGGACCCCGGACAUCUGCCCCCUCUUCUGCGACUACUACAACCCCAAGGGCCACUGCGAGUGGCACUACCAGCCCUGCGGGGCCCCCUACCUGAGGACCUGCCGGAACCCCCGCGGCCAGUACCUGCACGACGUCCGUGGCCUGGAAGGCUGCUACCCCAAGUGCCCAUCAGAGGCCCCCAUCUUCGAUGAGGACCAGAUGCGAUGUGUAGCUUCAUGCCCAACCCCGACCCCACCACUGCCCUGCCGCGUCCAGGGCAAGUCCUACCGGCCGGGCUCUGUGGUGCCCUCGGAAAAGAACUGCCACCACUGCGUUUGCACCGAGAGCGGCGUGCAGUGCACCUACCACUCUGAGGCCUGUGUCUGCACCUACGACGGGAGGCGCUUCCGUCCCAGGGAAGUCAUCUACCACACGACAGACGGCACGGGGGGCUGCAUCUUCGCCCACUGUGGGGCUAACGGCACCAUCGAGAGGAGGGUCGAAGACUGCAACACUACCACCCCCACCCCCCAAACCACCUUCGCCUUCUCUACACCGAUCGUCGUGAGCUCGACGCUUCCACCCAGCACACACCCCAGCCCGUCCGAAAAGACAGCACACGCUCCGAGCUCAGCCCCGGCCACCACCCCAGGCACAUCCCCUGGACCAACCCCUCCCACAGCCUCCGCCCCGCCCUCGUCCCGGCCCCGCUGUGGGGAGGAAUGCCAGUGGUCGCCAUGGCUGGAUGUCAGCCGUCCGGGAUGGGGCAUAGACAGCGGUGACUUCGACACGCUGGAGAACCUCCGUGCCUAUGGGUACCGGGUUUGCCGAGCACCGAGGGCGGUGGAGUGCCGAGCCGAGAACCACCCAGACGUCGGCAUCCAGACGCUGGGCCAGGUGGUGCAGUGCAGCCUGGAAGUGGGCUUGGUGUGUCGGAACCGGGACCAGAAGGGCAAGUUCAGGAUGUGCCUCAACUACGAGGUGCGCGUGCUGUGCUGUGAGCCCCAGAAAGGCUGCCCUUGUGAAACCAGCACCACCACUGUGGAGACAACCAGCCCAACCACAGCUCAUAGAACCAGCACCACCACUGUGGAGACAACCAGCCCAACCACAGCUCCUACAACCAGCACCACCACUGUGGAGACAACCGGCCCAACCACAGCUCCUACAACCAGCACCACCACUGUGGAGACAACCAGUCCAACAACAGCUCGUAGAACCAGCACCACCACUGUGGAGACAACCAGCCCAACCACUGCUCCUACAACCAGCACAACUUUUGUCUCUGUACCUGAAACAACCCACUCCCAACCCUGGACCACCUCCUGCCAGCCACAGUGCACAUGGACCAAGUGGUUCGAUGAGGACUUCCCAUCUCCUGGGCCCCACGGAGGAGACUUUGAAACCUACAGCAACAUAGUCAGAAGAGGAGAGAAGAUCUGCCGCCAACCCGAGUACAUCAGCGCCCUGGAGUGCCGAGCCGAGAACCACCCAGACGUCGGCAUCCAGACGCUGGGCCAGGUGGUGCAGUGCAGCCCGGAAGUGGGCUUGGUGUGUCGGAACCGGGACCAGAAGGGCAAGUUCAGGAUGUGCCUCAACUACGAGGUGCGCGUGCUGUGCUGUGAGCCCCAGAAAGGCUGCCCUGUCACACAUGUCACAACAACCGGCCCAACCACAGCUCCUACAACCAGCACCACCACUGUGGAGACAACCGGCCCAACCACAGCUCCUACAACCAGCACCACCACUGUGGAGACAAUGGGCCCAACCACUGCUCCUACAACCAGCACAACUUUUGUCUCUAUACCUGAAACAACCCACUCCCAACCCUGGACCACCUCCUGCCAGCCACAGUGCACAUGGACCAAGUGGUUCGAUGCGGACUUCCCAUCUCCUGGGCCCCACGGAGGAGACUUUGAAACCUACAGCAACAUCGUCAGAAGAGGAGAGAAGAUCUGCCGCCAACCCGAGUACAUCAGCGCCCUGGAGUGCCGAGCCGAGAACCACCCAGACGUCGGCAUCCAGACGCUGGGCCAGGUGGUGCAGUGCAGCCCGGAAGUGGGCUUGGUGUGUCGGAACCGGGACCAGAAGGGCAAGUUCAGGAUGUGCCUCAACUACGAGGUGCGCGUGCUGUGCUGUGAGCCCCAGAAAGGCUGCCCUGUCACACAUGUCACAGUCUCCAGCACCUCAAGUGUGAGUGUCACCAGCCAGACAGGGACCACCUUCCAUGAGGCCACAUCCAGUGCAACCACGGUGCAGACAACCAGUUCAACCACAGCUCCUACAACCAGCACCACCACUGUGGAGACAACCGGCCCAACCACAGCUCCUACAACCAGCACCAGCACUGUGGAGAUAACCAGUCCAACCACAGCUCCUACAACCAGCACCACCACUGUGGAGACAACCAGCCCAACCACAGCUCCUACAACCAGCACCACCACUGUGGAGACAACCGGCCCAACCACAGCUCCUACAACCAGCACCACCACUCCCUCACUCUCUCCAGAGUCCACCACCCCCACGGUUUCCCUGGUGACCUCCCCUAGCUCCGCAGCGCCCUCCACAUCCACGUGCUACUGCAGUGUGGCAUCCAGGUUAUACUCCGCAGGAUCCAUCAUUUACCAGCAGACGGACCUCUCCGGGCACUGCUAUUAUGCCCUUUGCAGCCUGCACUGCCACGUGGUCAGGCGGACCGACCACACCUGUCCCACCAGCACACCACCUCCCGCCCCGGCCACCUCCACGCCAGUGUCCUCCCCUUCUGCCUCUGUGUCCGUUACUCAGGGAGGAUGCCCAAAUGCAGUCCCCCCAAGAACGAAUGGCGAAACCUGGGCCAUGCCCAACUGCUCUGAGGCCACUUGUGCGGGCAACGGGGUCAUCACCGUGAGAGCGCGCCAGUGUCCAAAGAGGCAGAAGCCCACCUGCGCCAACGGCUACCCCGCUGUGAUAGUGGCCCACCCGGAGGACUGCUGCCCAUCCUACGAGUGCAAGUGCGUGUGUAGCCGCUGGGGCAAACCCCACUACGUCACUUUUGAUGGUACGUACUACACGUUUCUGGAGAACUGCACGUAUGUGCUGGUACAGCAGAUCGUGCCCGUGUUCGGACACUUCCGGGUGCUGAUCGACACCUACUUCUGUGAUGCUGAGGAUGGGCUGCCCUGCCUACAGUCCAUCAUCAUCGAGUACCAGCAGGACCGCGUCGUGCUGACCCGCAAGCCCGUCGGAGGGGUGAUGACCAAUGAGAUCAUCUUCAACGGUGAGGUGGUCAGACCCGGCUUCCGGAAAGACGGCAUUGUCGUCUCCCAAAUCGGCAUCAAGAUGUACGUGACCAUCCCCGCCCUUGGUGUCCAGGUCAUGUUCAGUGGCCUCAUCUUCUCUGUGGAGCUGCCCUUCAGCAAGUUCGCCAACAACACGGAGGGGCAGUGCGGCACCUGUACCAAUGACCAGAAGGACGAGUGCCGCCUGCCCGGGGGGGCGGUGGUACCCUCCUGCUCCGACAUGCCCGGCCACUGGAAUGUGACACACCCCGGCCAGCCAUCCUGCAGCAGGCCUCCCCUGACGCCCACCACAGUUGAGCCCAAGAAAACGUCCACCUCGUGCCUACCUUCGCCAAUCUGCCAGCUAAUUCUGAGCAAGGUCUUCAAGCCGUGUCACUCGGUGAUCCCCCCGUGGCCAUACUACCAAGCCUGCGCCUUUGACCAGUGCCACGCGCCCACGGUGGACACGAGGUGCUCCAGCCUGGAGCUGUACGCCGCCCUCUGCGCGUCCCUCAGCGUGUGCAUCGACUGGCGGGGCCUGACCGCCCACGAGUGCCCUUUCACCUGCCCUGCUGACAAGGUGUACCGGCCCUGCGGCCCGUCCAAUCCUUCCUACUGUUACAUGAACAACAGUGCCAAUACCCUGGCCCUCCCGGAAGCCAUUCCCAUCACAGAAGGCUGCUUCUGCCCGGAGGACAUGACGCUGUUCAGCUCGAGCUCAGAGGUCUGCGUGCCGGCCAACUGCAGCAGUUGCGUGGGGCCCGACGGGGAGCCUGUGGAGCCUGGCCACACUGUCAGCGUGGGCUGCCAGGAGUGCACCUGCAAGGACGGCACCUGGACUCUGAGCUGCCAGACUCGGCCCUGCGCCCCGCCCCCUGCCUGCCCCGAGCCCGGCUUCGUGCCAGUGCCCGCGGCCCUGCAGACCGGCCAGUGCUGUCCCCAGUACACCUGCGUCUGCAACACCACACACUGCCCCGCGCCCGUGGACUGCCCGGAAGGCUCGCGCUCCAUCCUGGCCUAUAAGGAGGGGGCGUGCUGCCCGACCCAAAACUGCAGCCGGACCGUCUGCAGCAUCAACGGCACCUUGUACCAGCCUGGUACCAUAGUCUCCUCGAACCUGUGCGAAAAGUGUUGGUGUGAGUUGCCCGGUGGCCCCCAGUCGGACACGGUCGUGAUCAGCUGUGAGACCCAGAUCUGCAGCACCCAUUGCCCCGUGGGCUUCGAGUACCAGACACAGAGUGGGCAAUGCUGUGGCGAGUGCGUGCAGGUGGCCUGUGUCAUGAACACCAGCAACAGCUCUGCUCACCUCUUCUACCCCGGCGAGUCCUGGUCAGACCCCGGGAGCCGCUGCGUGACACACAAGUGUGAGAAGCAGCAGGACGGGCUCGUGGUGGUGACCACGAAGAAGGCGUGUGCCCCCCUCGGCUGUCCAGCGGACAAGGCUCGGCUGAGCGAGGACGGCUGCUGCCUCUCCUGCCCCCACCCCCCAGCCCAGAACAGGUCGACCUGCGCCGUGUACCACGAGCUUCGGGUCCUCCGGCAGCGAGGCUGCAGCUCCGUGGGGCCCGUGCGCCUCACCUACUGCCAGGGCAACUGUGGGGACACCACCUCCAUGUACUCCCUGGAGGCCCGCGCCGUGGAGCACAGGUGCAGGUGUUGCCGGGAGCUGCGGGCCUCUGUGCGCUCCGUGACCCUGCGCUGUGGGGACGGCUCCAGCCAGGCCUUCAACUACACCGAGGUGCAGGAGUGCGGCUGCGUGGGCCUGCGCUGCGACUCCCACGGGGGCUCCAGCCGCUCAGGGGAGGCGCAGGGUGCUGAGCACAGCCAGGAGGCGGGGCUCAGGCGCUGGAGCAGAGGCGCCCCGGCUCCCCGGCCUUUGCAGUAGACGGGCUGGAGCCCCGCCCUGUCCCUCCAGGACAGGCCCACAAGAACGGUUGUAUUCGCGGCAGUCUCAGCCUCCAGGGCCAGUGGAACCUGAGCCCCGGUCCAGGUGACCCAAGCCUAGGACGCACGGUCCACCCCUCUCGUCCCUCUCCGAGUCCAGCGGCCCCGGGUGUGCAGUGGCCCUGACGGGCUUGCAGCCGCCUGCUCGGGACCAGCCCGGGGGGCAGGGGGUGGGGGAGGCUCCUCUGUGGGUCCAGCCUGCUGGUCCCAACCUUCAGCAU